GUCCCACGUGGAGGAUAUGCCCCCCCGUCUCACCCUCGGGCCAGACACCGAAAGUUCUCGAUAACUUUUUUUACACAGAGACGCGGCUCAGCAACAUCGGUGUUCAGUAGUAGUCAUCAGUAACAAACACAGUCCUGGCAUUCAUCGAGGGCAAGCAUCGUUUCACUUGGGAUCUCAUCGCGUACUUCGACUCCCUCCAAGGCGAGCGACUACAACGGUCACCGCAACCGCCCUUUCUCUCCCGGUCCCUCAUCCUUCCACCGCCACUGCUUUCAAACUUUUGUUGAAGCCCCUUUCUCAACAUCCAAAAGACAUCAUCCCCGAGUUCACAUUUUACUGCGCUAGCGUGUGAUUUGUGCCAUUCAGCAUGGUCAAGGAGACAGAAUACUACGACGCCCUCGGUGUCAGCCCAGAUGCCGGCGACGAUGAGAUCAAGAAGGCUUACAGAAAAGCUGCUCUGAGAGCGCAUCCCGAUAAGGGUGGUGACCCUGAGCUCUUCAAGGAGCUGACUCAUGCGUACGAAGUCUUGUCCGAUGGUAACAAGAGGUCAUUAUACGACCAAAUGGGAAAAGCCGGAUUGGAAGGAGGCGGAGGUAUGGGCGGCGGAAUGGAUCCCCAAGAUCUGUUCUCACAGCUGUUCGGUGGUGGUGGUGGAUUCUUCGGCGGCGGUGGAGGCCGACCCAGCGGUCCACGGAAAGGCAAAGACUUGGUCCACCGUAUUUCCGUCUCCCUCGAAGACCUGUACAAAGGCAAGGUUCAAAAACUCGCUCUCUCCAAAUCAGUCAUUUGCAAGACGUGUGAAGGUCGUGGAGGCAAAAAGGGAGCUGUUCAAACGUGUGGAGCCUGUCGAGGUCAAGGUGUUCGAGUGACAUUACGACAACUUGGACCGAUGAUGCAACAAAUCCAACAACCAUGUAAUGAAUGUGAAGGAACUGGAGAGGUCAUGAACCCGAAGGAUCGGUGCAAGACGUGCACGGGCAAGAAGACCAUUUCAGAACGUAAAGUUCUCGAAGUCCACAUCGACAAGGGUAUGCGAUCAGGUCAACAGAUCAAAUUCGCCGGCGAAUCGGAUCAACAACCUGGUAUCAUACCUGGCGAUGUGGUCAUUGUCUUGGAGGAGAAGGAACACCCCAGGUUCAAGAGAAAGGGGGAUGAUCUGUUGUGUGAGGCGGAAGUGGAUCUCUUGACUGCUUUGGGAGGUGGAGAAUUCGCCAUUGAACACUUGGACGAGAGGGUUUUACAUGUGGUCAUCGUGCCGGGAGAGGUCAUCAAGCCGGGCGCCGUCAAGGUCAUCUCUCGUCAAGGCAUGCCAUCCUACAGACAUCACGAACCUGGUGACUUGUACGUUCACAUCAACGUCAAGUUCCCAGACCACAUGGACCCAUCCGCUAUCCCUAUGCUCGAACAAGCGUUGCCAGCUCGUAAACCCAUGGCCAAGUUUGACAAGAAAUUGCAUAUCGAAGAGACGACAUUGGAGGAACCGAACGACAGGCAGAGAAAGUCCACGUUUGGAGGUGUGACUGGGGACGAGAUGGAUGAAGAUGAAGAAGAUGGUCGACCAGCAGGAGUACAGUGCGCACAACAGUAAACAUUUCGUCGAGUAUCUCCAGCACGAGUCACGAUUGCCCCCCCCGUCUCUUUUCCUCCCACUCAACCGCCCAUUUACUCAAAGAUCGACAGGUCGAAUGGCCGGUCGCAUCGUCACCAGUCUCCUUCUCCUUCUCAGACCCGGUCUCUUUCCCCUUGCCCGCUCUUCUGCGGCUGCACUUCUGCCGGGGGAGACUACCCAUCAUAGACGGUACAGUCAGAGCUUUGUUUCAUCCUUUCAUGUAUACAGGCAUUUUCAUUCGCAGCGAGGGUACAUGCUGGCUGGUCCAGAAUAGUGUAAGGUCAUGACAGUGCA